AUGGCUCGCCGUCCCGCACGUUGCUACCGCUUCUGCAAGAACAAACCGUAUCCUAAGUCACGCUUCUGUCGUGGUGUACCGGACCCGAGGAUUCGCACCUUCGACAUUGGUAAGCGCCGUGCGCCAGUGGAUGAGUUCCCCGUGUGUGUCCAUGUUGUGUCCCGUGAACUAGAGCAAAUCUCAUCUGAGGCAUUGGAAGCUGCCCGUAUUCAGGCUAACAAGUAUAUGGUGAAGCGUGCCAACAAGGAAUGUUUCCACAUGCGUAUCCGCGCCCAUCCGUUCCACGUACUUCGCAUCAACAAAAUGCUUUCGUGUGCUGGCGCCGAUCGUCUGCAGACGGGCAUGCGGCAGUCGUACGGCAAACCGAAUGGGACCUGCGCCCGCGUGCGGAUUGGUCAGAUCCUCUUGUCUAUGAGGACAAAGGACACAUACGUCCCACAGGCACUGGAGUCUCUUCGCCGUGCUAAGAUGAAGUUCCCUGGUAGGCAAAUCAUUGUGAUAUCGAAAUAUUGGGGCUUCACAAACAUCCUCCGAAAUGAGUACGAGGAGUUACGUGACGCAGGGAAGUUGCAACAACGCGGCCUCCACGUGAAGCUGAUCACACCAAAGGGUAAGAUCACCCCAUACAACAUCAUGGCCUAA